AUGACACGCAAAAGCGAAGCAGGACUGUGCAGUGUACGCUGUACAGUAGCGCCACACCAGUCCCGGGUGUUGGGACAGAUCAAUAGCCAAGCGUCCUCUCCCGGUUGCCUCGGGCGUCCGUCACGCACUCGCGCAUCGUCCGUCGACAGGCAAACACGUACACGGGUCGUCACUUGUACUACUAGUCGUCAAACAGCUACGAAGAUGGAGAAUAAACACUGGUGGAUGAUGGCGAUUGGCCUCGUCGUGCUCUGGAUGGGAGUGGCGCUCGUGGACGGCGAAGUUUGGGAGGAAGGCAAUCAUGAGGUGCUCAUCCGCAAUGAGCGAGGUGCAAAAAAUAAAGAGACCUGUCGCUACGUGCGGGGCGCUUGGUCCGAAUGCGACUCCAAAACCAAUAUUCGUUCGAGAACGCUUACUUUGAAAAAAGGCGACCUUUCGAAUUGCGAACGCAUCAAAACGAUCCAAAAGAAAUGCAAAAAAGCAUGCCGAUACGAGAAGUCAGCUUGGAGUGAUUGCAACUCUAACGGAGAAAUGUCCCGGACCGAUUUGUUAAAAGCCAACAGCGAUCCUUCUUGUAACCAGACCCGCCACAUUUCUAAAAAAUGUAACAAGAACAAGCAAGUGAAGUCUACCAAGGAUAAGGGUCGCAGGAAUCGCCAG